AUGGGUCGCAAGAAGAAGAAGCAGCUGAAGCCGUGGUGCUGGUAUUGUAAUAGAGAUUUUGAUGACGAGAAGAUUCUUAUAAGCACCAAAAAAGCAAAACAUUUUAAAUGCCAUAUAUGUCGUAAGAAGUUGUACACAGGACCUGGUUUAGCUAUUCAUUGCUUGCAGGUGCAUAAAGAGACAAUAGAUGCUGUACCAAAUGCAAUUCCUGGGAGAACUGACGUAGAAUUGGAAAUAUAUGGUAUGGAAGGUAUUCCAGAAAAAGACAUGGAUGAAAGAAGAUGACUUCUUGAACAGAAAAUACAAGAGAGUCAAAAAAAAAAGAAGCAACAAAAUGAUUCUGAUGAAUACGAUGAUGACUCUGCAGCUUCAACUUCAUUUCAGCCACAGCCUGUUCAGCCUCAACAAGGUUAUAUCCCCCCGAUGGUGCAACCAGGACUGCCACCAGUUCCAGGAGCACCAGGAAUGCCUCCAGGCAUACCUCCAUUAAUGCCAGGUGUUCCUCCUCUGAUGCCAGGAAUGCCACCAGUUAUGCCAGGCAUGCCACCUGGAUUGCAUCAUCAGAGAAAAUACACCCAGUCAUUUUGCAGUGAAAACAUAAUGAUACCAAUGGGUGGAAUGAUGCCACCUGGACCAGGAAUACCACCUCUGAUGCCUGGUAUGCCACCAGGUAUGCCCCCUCCUGUUCCCCGUCCUGGGAUUCCUCCAAUGACUCAAGCACAGGCUGUUUCAGUGCCAGGCAUUCUUAAUAGACCACCUGCACCGACAGCACCAGUUCCUGCUCCACAGCCUCCAGUUAUGAAGCCUCUUUUCCCCAGUGCUGGACAGGCUCAGACAGCUGUCCAAGGACCUGUUGGUACAGAUUUCAAGCCCUUAAAUAGUACCCCUGCAACAACUACAGAACUCCCAAAGCCUACAUUCCCUGCUUAUACACAGUCUACAGCUUCAACUACUAGUACAACAAAUAGCACUGCAGCUAAACCAGCGGCUUCAAACAAGCCUGCUACACUUACGACAACCAGUGUAACCAGUCAGUUGACCCAUCGAGAUGAAGAUAUAUCACUGGAAGAGAGAUGGGCACAGUUACCUAAAUAUCAACGUAACCUUCCUCGACCAGGACAGGCUCCUAUUGGUAAUCCACCAGUUGGACCUGUUGGAGGUAUGAUGCCACCACAGCCAGGCAUCCCACAACAACAAGGAAUGAGACCCCCAAUGCCGCCUCAUGGUCAGUAUGGUGGUCAUCAUCAAGGCAUGUCAGGUUACCUUCCUGGUGCUAUGCCACCGUAUGGGCAGGGACCGCCAAUGGUACCUCCUUACCAGGGUGGGCCUCCUCGACUUCUGAUGGGAAUGAGGCCUCCUGUAAUGUUGCAAGGUGGCCGUUACUGAUCUUACUUCAUCCAAUCUAAUAGGUUUGGAGAUUAAACCUUUUCUCAACUUGCGCUGUUUAUAUAGCCAAGCUUCCGUCAAUAAGGCUUCAUUGUGACUUUAACAAACAUUAUCUUCCCACAUACCAGGAACUAUUGGACAUUUAUUUUACAUGGGAAAAAUUAUUUGGAAUAAUAAAGCAGGAACUUUCCCUGAAGUUGCAAUUUAUACUGUAUGACUUCUUUUUCAUGUUUCAUCUAGUUUUUAGAAGUG